CGCUCUGAGACGUUGUGGCCUUCUCCAUGUUUGUUGAAGAGUGCCGGAGUGUCCCUCCCCCUCCCCCUCCCCCCUAAUUUGUAGAGGUUCAAUCUCUCACCUCUCCCCCACGAUUUCCUCUCCUUCCUCUGCCUCCUCUGCCUCCUUUUCUUCCGCCUCCUACUCCACUACUGUCCAUUUAAGUUCAGGCAGCUAAGAUAUUCAGACCAUUAGUUGAACCUGCCGGAUAUUCCACCACCAAUUGUUCUGAGUUUAAUUCAGCGAAACGUCAUAGAGGCUCACACCUGUUGUCAGUAAACUCAUGUAAACAAACAUGCAGCGUCCCACUUCCUGAUAUUGUCGUUAUUCGCUUCAAGGUGGCGCUGUGACGGGCGGGCGGAGCUCCGGUGUCCGGGAGGCACCACAGAAGAAAAGCUGCAUUUUGUCCUGAAAGAAAAACAUCAGACAGCAGCUGCAGGUGAUGGAGUUCCCUCGGCAUUCUCAGCAGCUGCUGUCAGCUCUACGUUCUCAGCGCCAGCGGGGCUUCCUCUGUGACUGCACCGUUAUAGUGGGCUCAUCCCGUUUCCUGGCACACAGGGCUGUUUUGGCCUCUUGCUCACCUUUCUUCCACAUGUUCUACUCAGAUUCUCCAAGCGCCAUUGGUGGAAACAGCAGCAAUAGCUCUGUCACACUCGACAGCGACAUUGUCACGGCUGCUGCAUUUGGAUUGCUCUUGGACUUUGUCUAUGAAGGUGUGCUACAGCUGGGCGAGUCUCUACCAGUGGAGGACAUAUUGGCAGCUGCAAGCUUUCUGCAUAUGAAUGAGGUUGUAAGGGUCUGCAAGAAACGACUGCAGCGACGGGGGCCUCUGGCUGAGGCUGACAGCACUCGCUCUGAAGAAAGCACUGGAGCGAGAAGGGCAAUAGAGACAGGGAGGGAGGGUGGCGGUGAUGGUGGAGCUGAGCCAGUGAUGGCCAUGGCAGCAGAUCUCUUGGAUCCAGUCGUCAUGGCAGCACCAUACUCGGUGUGUAUAAUGGCAGAGAGGAGUCAAUCUGUAAAGUCUGAGAGUAGGCCUGGGGCGGGGUCAUCAGAAGCACAAGUUCAGACUCCUCUGAGCCCUGACAUCGCUGAUACCACACAGCCAGGCAUGGAUGCCCCUCCUUUGGCACCAACCAGAAAAAUGAUUCAGGGCCACAUAACAGGCCAGCCUGCCCAAGCAGGUCACACCGGGACGGGGUCUGGAGGUCAUGGUGAUGGGUCUGCACUCUGCAGCCCUUGCAGCACCACUGAAACUUACAGCAGUAACCAGCAGCCCUCCUCGUCUUCUUCCUCCCUGGUGCCAGUGAGCCAGGCUAGCAGUCGGUCAGUGGUUUCUUAUUCCCAGUCAGGAACUAGCUUCUCCACCAGCCUCCAACAAGACGAACCCCGACUGGCCUGUGAUAUCUCUGGGAGGAAAUCCUCAGAGGCUGACCACAGAUGUGCAUCAGGCAGAGGACAACAGAUGGUCAAUUUUAUCCAAGCAUCAGCACUAUCAUCACACAACCGAACACACUCACCACCACAGCGUACACUCCCCCAGAUUCGAAUCCAGAGCACUAUGUCGCUUCAAUGCCAAAGCUCGGACUUCCACCUGGCUCCUCAGACACAAACCCUUAGAAGAACUGAGGGGAAUAUGGAAGCUUCACCCACCACUAUAAAGGAAAGAUCUCAACCUCUUAUGGGCAGAAUGAGGACAGACGACAAUGAUGGAGAGAAUGUGAACAUAAAAGUGGAGGCCAUUGUUAUAUCUGAUGAAGAGCUAGAGGAGGAGAAAGAGGAAAGCAGAGAGAGGGAACCAGUUAUGGAAGUAGACGAUGAGUAUGAGGAAGAAGAUGAGCUGCACAGCCCUCAGUUUCUCUCCUCCCAUCCCCAGGGCAUUUCACAAUUGGCCUCUCAUUCAAAUGACUACUCCUUUCCCCUCUCUCCCUCUUCUUCGUCCUCUGGUGCCGGCCCUUCCUCGCAGGACACUUCCUCCUUCCCCUUGGUUCCUCCAUCCUCAGCCCAGCAGCAUUCAGAGCAUCCUGCCUACUUCGAGGACUUUCAGGACACUAUGGGGAACUUUGUGGAGGACGUCCCCACAUGUGGAGUAUGUGGAAAGACUUUCUCAUGUACAUACACAUUAAGGCGCCACGCCAUCGUGCACACACGUGAACGUCCUUAUGAGUGUCGCUACUGCUACCGGAGCUACACACAAUCAGGGGACCUGUACAGACACAUACGCAAAGCUCACGACAACACACUGCCAGCCAAACGCAGCAAGGCCGACAUGGACCCCUCUCUGCCACCACAACCACCACUACCGCCACCUCUUAGUUAACACACACACCAAUUGUAUUUCUAUACUCAUGCACACAUACUGUAGUGGAGAGUGAAAGGUAAAUCAGUGUUGGCACUAGUUCUUUAGUUUAUCACUAGGUUCACCCUGGUGUGUCGGCCAGAACACCACUCAAGGCCAAAGGUCCAGUGUCCAGAAAUGAGGAGCUGAGUUGAUAUUUUACCUUAUUAAUUCCUUCUCUUAAUGGUCUGGGUGUAUGUGUGGUCUUCCUACAAGAGAAAUGAACACAAUACAUGAAUAUAAAGUCAACUAUGCAUACAUAAACAAUAAACAUAGAGGCAGCCGAUGCUCUUAUUCUGACACGCCACAGACAUGCUACUUCCGGUAAUCAGGUUAGCGAAACACUAAACAUCUCACUCGUAACCUCACAAACAUUCAUCCACAUGAACUACAGCUUAACACCUUAAUAAUAAUUAUUAAGGAACAACAUAACAAACAGUACUGUGGACAACACUCAUCGUCAUUUACGCACACUAACACAACAGGGCACGCCGAAACCGUCCCACAACUACUUUUAAUGGCCCCUCCUCCCCUCGUCAUCUACACCCAACAACUGAAAGUACUGAACACCAACACAACUUUGGAGCCUUUUCUACACAUACGUUAACCUUAAUACCAUAUAUUCUAUUCUACAUUUCUCGAUAACUCCCUAAUCAAUAACUUGAUUGGUCUAUAUUGGGAAAAACAUACAAAAGAAUAUUUGUAACUGGUUGACAUAGCGUAGUUGAUAGCGGCUUAAAAAAUGUUCAGUUGGAGCCAUCUCAUGCACGCUCCUCUUUAUGGCCUUUGGCCCAAUGUUAGAUGAAAUGCAGUAAUUGGCUGGCAGAUCUGAAGUUGCAGGAAAUCUAUCCAAAUCAGAGCAAAUGAAACAUUUUUACUAUAUUUAUUAUGUUUUAUAGGUUUUUUAAGGUAAAAAAAAUCCUUGAAAAGGUAACUGUUAGAAUAUUCAGAAGCCUACUUUAAGUGUUUGAUAUUUCAACUCAAAACACAAAAACGAGAAAGCCGUGUUUUUAAUGUCAUUAGUUACUUGAGUAAUUGUAAUUUGUAUGACUGCAUUGUUUGUGUGACUGUACCAGCAAAGUUUGUAGCAUUGUACUGCCUCCUGUUUUAUCUACAGGAUGAAAUCAACAAAGAAAACCCCUGCAAAACACUCAGAUGUUUAUGAUUUUAUAACUCGUAAUACAAGUUUUUACUAGCAUCAGUUUUAAAGAAGCCACACCAUGAACAGAAGAUGUGUACAGUAUAUUUGAUUAAACAGAAAAUAAACUUUGCCAAAAGUCCUUCAUCUUAUUUCUUCAUAUCCUUCCUUAUCUUCUUUUAAAUGCAGUAAGAAGUCUUCGUUUAGGAAUAGUUCAUAAAUAGACAAUUGACCCAGAAAUAACAAAGUGGCAGCCAUACAGCAUGGCACUUUCUGUAUUGUCAUAACUUGUGAUUUAGCCACAUAUUGCAUUGACUUUGCGUGACUUUGGGGACUUGAAGUGUCGGGCUCUACCGGCUUUUCUUAUUGCCUUUUGACAUUGUGCUGCCCCCUCUUUGCAUUUAAACUUGAAAUGUGCCUAAAUUACUGUCUUCAUGUCCACUGAAUUUUUUGAUCAACGCCAUUUUACAUGUUUUAGAACUACAUGUUCUGUAGUAAUAAUAAUACUUGAUUGGUUUUUAUCAUAAAAUACUUUUGAGUACUUGGCAGGUGGAGUUCAGUCGGUCAUUGUGUGCAAAAUAUAAAUGUAACUUGUGAAUAAACACUGUUUAGUAAAAUA